AUGGCGCGGUCUGAAGGGCCCAAGGGCCCGGGAAGGGGUGGGCAGGGAGUUGAGCAAGGACGAAAGGAGGGUCGGUCCCCCGGGCCCGCCCCCCGCUUUGCCUCGCCCCUCCCCCACCUGGGAGCGGUCGCGGCCGUUGGUGGCGCGCGAGGGCGGGCUUGUUUUCCAGGCGACACGGGCGCGCGACGAGGAAAACGUAGAGGGGAAGAGCGAGGCGCGGGGCUGUCGGUCAGAGGGCCGAAAACUGGGGAAGAGAGUGAGACAACAGAGAAUGGGCGGUCGCGCACGCCCGUAGCGCUGCGCCUGCGUCACCGACCGAGCGCAGCCUCCGACCACGAACGAGCCCCCGCGCGGCCCGAACUGGAACUAAGGAGCAGAGAGGAGAGGAAAAUAAGGGGUGAUGGGAAGGGGCGGAGACACGGAAGUCUCGCGCGCUUCCGGGACGAGAACUACGGGAGCCGAGCUGGACCAAGGUGGGCUUCGCAAAGACGGGAGCGCCUUUUAAGCUCCAAGAGAACCAGCCUUUAUUGGUGCCGCAGAAUGCUCUACCUGCAAAACCCAUCGUUCCUGCUCUCCUUGGACAAAGGCGCCCCCGCCCCAUCACGCAAAAUGGACAAAUCUCAAUGUUAACUUCAGUACUUGGACGACAUAGGCUGUAGGUCCCACUCCUGAGCAACAAGCAAGAUCUGACCUGUCCCAAAUUAAACGCACCACCACCCCCAAGGAUAACACCAAGUCCCUUCACAAAGAUUUGCGUGUGGGGCUUAAGUGUGGCAAAUGCUACCUCCCUGAAGCAGCCCUUCCCCCAUACUCAGAAUAGAUGUCUUUACAAUAAAAUACAAAACUUUAAAAAUACAAAUUUAAAGAAAAGUAUAGUACGGAACUGGAGGUGCAGCCCAGUCAUAGAGCACUUGCCUAGCAUGCUUGAGGCUCUGGGGUUCAUCCCCAGCACCACCCAAAAUAAAAAAAAAAGUGCAGUAGAGUUGCAACAAAAAUAUGACCAGAGCUAAGACCCGGGAAGUGAUGGUGGCUCUACCAGUUAAGAACCAUGCAGGGGCUGGGGCUGGGGCUUAGUGGUGGAGCAUUUGCCUAGCACGUGUGAGGCACUGGGUUCCAUUCUUAGCACCACAUAUAAAUAAAUAAGUAAA